UCCUAAAAUAGAGUCUGCAGUGAGGCUAUAAAAGACAAAUAGUGGGGAGAGGCCCCCGCACCUCCGCCUCGGCCAGCCUCCUGACCUCCUUCUGCGGCCCCUCGCUCUCGCUUCUCUUUCUCUCUCCGGUGGUCGUACCCCCCCAUAACACAGCCGCCAAGAUGGCCAUGAAGGACCUCCUGAAAGCUGAAGACAUUAAGAAGGCUCUGGAUGCCUUCAAGGCUGCCGAUACCUUUGACCCUCUGAAGUUCUUCGACAUGGUGGGUCUGAAGGCCAAGUCAUCUGAGGACGUGAAGAAGGCCUUCAAAGCUCUGGACGUGGACAACAGCGGCUUCAUCGAGGAGGAGGAGCUGAAGUUCGUGCUGAAAGGUUUCGCCUCAGAUGGCAGGGACCUGACCGACAAAGAAACCAAAGCAUUCCUGGCCUUGGCGGACAAGGAUGGAGACGGGAAGAUCGGCGCUGAAGAGUUCGAGGCCUUGGUGCAUCAGUAGGGGGUUUUGCCCCACCGGCCGACUCUCGCUCUCUCCACACCCCUCUAUCCCCCCCCCCCCACCCAAACCACCGCUCCUCACGUGACCCCCUCCCUACCCCCAUGGAGCACAAUGCUUCGCCCACUACAGCGAGCUGGAAGAGAUGCAUUACAGCAGGGGGAGGGAGGGGGGCAAAGAAGGGGGGGCCUCACUCACCUUAUUUAUUUUCCUUUUUAUACAAAUAUACUGUUGUUGUACCUCUUUAUUUUUUUUUUCAAAUAUCUGUUUCAUACUAAGAAUGAGUAGAUAUGUAAACAGCACAUCCACAUCGCCUGUACUACUGUCUCUCACUAAUUCUCAUUUAUGCACUCAUUCACAAACCCCCCUCCCCCAACCCAACCUCCACCCCCCUCCCUCGGUUACGCUGUAAGAAGACGACGAGGUCAAGCUGCAAAAAAGAAAGCGAAAAGAGCAAAAACGAGAAAUAAAAAAAGAAUGCCUUGUGUA